UCUUGGCUGCAUAUCGGCUGCAGUUCGGCCUCAACGUGGGCAAUCCUGCGUGAUCUCACUGGCCGCCGAGUAUCAUUCACUCCUUAUCUUGUCUCUCUUGCACCGCCGUAAUUUCCCCCGACCCGGAUCGGCCGGACCCUGCCGGACCCUGGACAGGUACAGGUGAGACAUAGCUCUACCCGACCGACACGGGUGCGAGGAUAUAAGAUCAUGGCCCUUCGAUAGUCCAAUUCAUCAGAACAACAGCCACCAUGCGCGCGUUCCCUUCUCUUUACGCAGCGGCGCUGCUACUCCAGACCGCGUUGGCAGCGACCAUCCGUGAAAUCAACGGCAACAAGUAUAUCUCUUCGUACAAAGGCGAAACCGUCUCGGGUGUCAAGGGCCUCGUGACGGCCAAAGGUUCAAGUGGGUUUUACCUGCGCUCGACUACCACCUAUACCAACGGUCGGUCCUACUCCGUGUACAUCUAUAGCAGCGAUGGAGUUUCCCAGGUCGAGGUCGGCGAUAUUGUCAGCUUGAGUGGCACAGUGGCCGAAUACCGAUCAUCCUCAUCGUAUGUCUACAUGACGGAGAUUGAAUCUCCUUCGGACAUCACCGUCAUCUCCAGCGGCAAUGACGUCGACCCCACUGUGAUCGGACAGAACGAUUUGGACCCUCCGACGGAGCAGUUUUCCUCUCUGGACAAUGGCGAUGUGUUUAGUCUGCCGGGCGGUUCCAGCCUGCUUUCUACCGCGAAUCCCGUCUUGAAGCCGACCAAGUAUGGCAUGGAUUUUUGGCAGAGCCUGAGUGGUGAAUUGGCUACCUUGACCGGGCUCACGGCAGUCAGCAAGGCCAGUAAAUAUGGAGACACUUGGGUGACUGGCGAUUGGCCGGUGACAGGAAAAAAUGACCGGGGAGGAUUGACAAUGAGCGCAAAUGACUCCAAUCCCGAAGCCAUUGUGAUCGGAUCACCUCUGGACGGAAGCGACAACCCAACUGAUAUCAAAAUGGGAGACAGUCUCGAGGAUAUCACGGGCAUUAUCACCCAAGCAUAUGGCUUUUAUACUCUGCUUCCACUGACUGCGUUGAAGAAGACGGGAUCCAAAUCGACACAGGCGGCUGCAACGACCCUCAGUUCUGAUGGGACCUGUAGCGCAAUCACCAUCGCUGAUUACAAUGUUGAUAAUUUCUCGCCGGACAACAGUCGGAUGAGCGGAGUUGCCGACCACAUUGCCAAUUACCUGAACAGCCCGACCAUUGUGUUCCUGCAGGAGAUCCAGGAUAAUAGCGGGUCGACUGAUGAUGGAGUGGUUUCGGCCAGCGAGACUCUUUCGAACCUGGCUAGCGCCAUCAAGGAGCAAGGCGGAGUCGAAUAUAACUACACGGACAUCGACCCGAUCAACGACACGAAUGGCGGAGAACGCGGCGGUAAUAUCCGCGUGGCCUACCUGUAUGACCCAUCAGUGGUGCGGCUGCGAAAUUACAACCCUGGGUCCAGCACCGACGCUACCAAAGUGCUCGCGGGCGGCGGUUUGAGCUAUAAUCCAGGCCUGAUUGAUCCUUCCAACCAGGCAUGGAAUGACAGUCGCAAGCCAUUGGCAGCCGAGUGGGAGACAUUGGAUGGCAAGAACAGUUUCUAUACCAUCAACGUCCACUUCACGUCGAAAUAUGAUAGCACUUCGCUCGAGGGAGAUGCGCGACCACCGGUCAACGGAUGGGUGGAGAAUCGCGUGGAGCAGGCUAAAGUGGUUGCUAAUUUUGUCACGUCUAUUCUGGCUGAGGAUUCCGACGCGAAGAUUCUGACAGCCGGCGACUUUAAUGAGUAUGCUUUUGUGGAGCCCUUGGAGGUUUUUGUCUCCGAAUCGACACUGCAUGAUCUGGAGGAGGUGACUGGUAUUCCUACCACGGAGAGAUAUACCUACCUGUAUAACCAGAACUGCGGAGCACUGGAUCACAUGUUUGUGAGUUCGGCGUUGACAUCGGGAGCAAAGAUGGAGCAUAUCCAUGUCAACACCUGGGUGUCGACUGCGGAUGAAAAAUCAGAUCACGAUCCCACCGUUGCUUUGUUCAAUGUGUGUGAGUGAGCUACUGCUAUUAUCCCUUAGUU